AUGAAGUUCAUUUCUUUGACUCUACUUAUUAUAAGUGGAAUUACAGCAGAUAAUUUUGAUGUUGUGGGACCUGUAGAUCCUCUCAUCGCUAUAGUUGGUGAAGAUGUGAUUCUGCCCUGUUCUCUCAAACCCAACAUCAGUGCUGUAGACAUGAGAGUCGAGUGGUCCAGACUUGAUCUUAAAGACGUAGUUCAUCUCUAUGAAGAUCAUGAAGAUAAAAUCACAAAUCAGCUUCAGUCGUACAGAGGAAGAACUGAAGUGUUUAAAGAUGAACUACAGAAAGGAAACACAUCACUCAAACUCUCAAGAGUUCAGAUCUCUGAUAAAGGAGCUUACAAGUGUUUUAUUCAGUCCAAAACCUGGUUUGAUGACAAAGUUGCUAAUCUACGAGUUGAAGCUGUAGGAAGUCCUCCACUCAUCACUGUAGAUGGAUUUGAUUUUUCUGGUGGACUUCAUCUUCAGUGUGAAUCUAAAGGUUGGUACCCUGAACCUGAACUUGUGUGGCUGGACAGUGAAGGAGUCACUUUGACAUCUGAAACUACAGACAAACAAAGAGACACAGAUGGAUUCAGAGUGAAACAUAUGAUCACUGUGUAUAACAGACACAGUAAAUAUCAUUGUAGGGUCAAACUGGGACGUCACAUGAUGGAAACUGAGAUUAUUACAUCAAGUAAAAUGUUUCACUCUUGGAGAACAUUAAUUAUUUUGAUCUCUGUCGCUGUAUUGAUCAGUGUGAUCGCUGGAAUACUAGUAGCUUUUUUGUUGCAUAAGAAGAUAGCUUUUUAUCAACUGUUACAGAAUCAGAAAGGAAUCACAGAAUUUGAUAUCACACAAUGGAGAAAAUAUGAAGCAGGGAAUGUGAUUCUGGAUCCUGAUUCAGCUCAUCCAGAUCUCAUUGUGUCUGAUAAUGGGAAACAAGUGAGAUUGAGAGGAAACACACAACCAAAUGAAGAGAGGGAUGAGGAUGAAGAGCAAAAUAACAAGUUUGAUAUACGUCACUGCGUCCUUGGAAGUAAAAUCGAAUCAAAUAAAUUUUACUAUGAGGUGCACGUAAGGUGGUUACCUGAUUGGGAUAUUGGUGUGGCCAGAGAAUCUGUUAACAGGAAGGGCUGGAUUGACAUAAAUCCUAAUAAUGGAUACUGGACUGUGGGAGUGAGAUAUGGAUCUAUGUAUCAGGCUUGUGGAGAUCCACGUGUUCUUACCCUGAGUGUGAAGCCUCAAAGGAUCGGGGUGUUUGUGGAUUACAGGAAGGGUCGGGUCUCCUUUUAUGAUGUGCGGGCUAUGUAUCAUAUCUUUUCUUUUAGUGGUCAGUCUUUUAAUGAGAAACUUGUUCCAUUUUUUUCUUUGGGUUUUGGUAGGAGUGAUGCACCUCUGACCAUCUGUGAUGAUUUCAAAUAAGCAUUAAGCUUAAAGGUACCCCAGCUAUAAAUACAUGUAUGGCUUAAUAGAUUUACACUGGGAUUGGCAAUAUGAAUGUGAAAAUAAAAACAGUACAAAUGUCAUAGUUUGAACUCUUUCCCCGCCAGUGUUUUAAAAAAAAGUUGCCAGCCAGCGCCAGCAUUUUUCAUAAUUUUCACAAAAGUUGAAUGCCUUCCAAAAACGUUCUUUUUUUAAAUAUAUAAACAAACAAUAUAUCAAAUGAAAGAACAGACCCUCUGCUUUAAAAAAAAAACCUUUCAUCAUAUCAUUAGUUUUCUUUUGAUCACCUCUCAAAUAUGGGUAGGUUUCUUCAAAAACACC